GAAAAACUGUCUCCGUUUCCGCCCUACUAUUCUCAAUCAACUGUUAAAGCAGCGCGCAUAGCAAACCACUUCCGGAAAGGUGAAGCUGCGGUUACCGGGCUGUAACAUGGAUGCUGCAAGCGAAAGCGAAGAGCCGGUUUGUGGGGAAGUGGUGUCCGUGGCCCACGCUCUUUCCCUCCCAGCCGAGUCGUAUGGCAAUGACCCUGAUAUUGAGAUGGCUUGGGCCAUUCGAGCAAUGCAACAUGCUGAAGUCUAUUACAAACUGAUUUCAUCAGUUGACCCACAGUUCCUGAAACUCACCAAAGUAGAUGAUCAAAUCUACUCUGAGUUCCGUGAAAAUUUUGAGAAGCUCAGAGUAGAUGUAUUGGACCCAGAAGAACUCAAAUCAGAAUCAGCUAAAGAGAAAUGGAGGCCAUUCUGCUUAAAAUUUGAAGGUAUUGUGGAAGACUACAACUAUGGUACUUUGUUGCGACUCGAUUGUUCUCAGGGCUAUACUGAAGAGAACACCAUCUUUGGGGAUAAGAAACGUGAAAAUCAGACUGCCUUGAAGCAAGAGGCCUCCCCCAAGGAACAGGCUGCCUUGCUGUUAAGGAAGAAGGCUGCUAAACUGAGAUUUGUCUUUCAUUGCCUUAAAUCUACAGGAAUCUUGAAUCCCAUUUUCAGGUAGGAAGCCAGUAUUGAUAUUCCUCCUUCACUAGCAAGGUCUUUGAUGACCUGAAACCUAAUCAUUGACAAUGGCUGCAUUUUCAGUAAUUUUUAGUUGUUUCAGAGAGGAGGGUAAAUUCAUGGCAUCAUCUCUGUUGGCAGUUCUCUCGUGUUAUAUGUUCAACACCAUGACUUGUAUUUCUAAUUUUUUCGAUCAAAGAGUAGCUGGACAUACAAGAUUAUCACAGUACUGCUCUCAACAUACGUGUCAGUCAUAGAAAUUAAUACAGUCUCAAUUUUCUGUACUACUUAACUUGCUCACAAUUAUCAUUAUAUAUAAGAAACCACAGUGGAGCCAGGCGGUGGUGGCACACGCCUUUAAUCCCAGCACUUUAAUCCCAGGCAGAGGCAGGCGGAUCUCUGUGAGUUCGAGGCCAGCCUGGUCUACAGAGCUAGUUCCAGGACAGGCACCAAAACCACAGAGAAACCCUGUCUCGAAAAACAAAACAAAAAAAAACCAACCAAACAAACAAACUAACAAACAAAAAAACAGAAAGAAACCACAGUGGCAAAUCCGUAUAUGUAAGAGAGAAAGGGCCCCUGGAGAAAAUAUUGAUUGUAUUUGCAAUAUGCUAGUUAUUUAAUGCCAUGGACCUAAAACUCAGUUGAGAGAAAUCUCCCAUAAAAGUUUUUUGCAUACACACAUAUACAUACACAACUUGAAGUCCAAUCAUAUUCUUCCCUCUUUCAAAUUACUGCAUUAGUUACUUGCAUGCAAAACUUUAGAAAUACAUAAUGAUGGCAUUCCCAAAUCACAAACUUUCCAUGAGUACCUUUCCCCCACUCAACCUAUCUAAAAGAGCUUAAAAGUCUCAGAGCAGCCUGAACUGGCUAAUUAUGACAAAGAGGUAAUCUUCAGUUAGAACAAAAUUUUUAAUAUGGACCUGAACUUCAUUUAUCAUUGUAACAACUGAUUGUUGAAUAACUGUCAUAUUUGCUUUACUGUUUUUUUUUUUUUCUUUCUUGAUUCGUUUGUUUUAAGGGAAGGUCUUGCUACUUAGCCCCUGACUGAAUGGAAUUCACUUUGUAGACCAGAAUGUCCUUGAACUUGUGGCAGUACUUAUACACAAUACAAAAAAGAGUACUUAUAUUAAGCCACAGAAAGACUGAGAUAUUGCCACUUGUGACAGUGUGGAUGGAACUAUAGAUUAUUAUGUUAAAUGAAACAAAUAAAGUACAGAAAGACAAAUGUCACAUGUUGUUACUGACAUAUGGAAUCUAUAAAAGAACUAAUUGAAAUUGAGAGUGGAAUGGUAAUGCCAGAGUCUAGGGAGAGUAUGAGGGAGAGAGGGUGCAGGCAUAUUGAUUAAUGCCUACAAAGUUUCUAUUAUAUGACUAAAAAUUAGUGCCAUCCUACUUUAUAGUAGAGUAACUGUAGAUAACAAUAGUGUGCUAUGCUUUUUUAAAAGCUAGAACAAAUGUACUGGCUUU